AUGGCUGCCCGUCGAACGUCAAACGCGGUAUGCAAUGCCACGCCUGCAAGGCCUGGUGGCAUUUCAAAUGCACGGCGGGCCGCCACGAGAAUGGUUGCCGGCCUCAAGUCCGUGGACUACGAAACGCGUCUCGCGAUGCUUGAUCUCUUUCCCCUGGAGUACCGUCGCCUCCGAGGGGACCUAAUUCUUACUUACGCCCUGGUUGAACACAGCUUGGCAAACAGGUUUUUUACCGUUGACCCAGCAAACACCGGGACAGGACAUAGUAAGAAAUUAUUCAAGCUCAGGGCACACACGUUCAUUAGACAAAACUUUUUUUCAUUUCGGGUAGUAGCUGCAUGA